GCGGGGUCAGGGAGGGUGGAGACACAGAGGGUGACAGGGACAGAGUGGAAGGGGGUAGGCCCACGGCCUGGAACACAGGGAAUGCUUCUAGCGUCUGGCUCCUUCUGAAACAGAGACGAUGCCAGCCCUACUGGAACGACCCAAAAUGUCGAGCGCGAUGGCGCGAGCUCUUCACCAGCACAUCAUGAAGGAGAGAGCACGGAAGCGACAAGAGGAAGAGGAGGUGGACAAAAUGAUGGAGCAGAAGAUGAAAGAAGAACAGGAACGGAAGAGGAAGAAAGAGAUGGAGGAGCGCAUGUCACUGGAAGAGACAAAGGAACAGAUCUCCAAGAUGGAGCUGAAACUGCAGAAUCUGCAAGAAGAGAAGCACCAGCUUUUUCUGCAGCUGAAAAAGGUCCUGCAUGAGGAGGAGAAGAGGCGGGCCAAGAUGAAGGAACAGAGUGAUAUGAGCACCCUGACCCAGGCAACCUACCCACAGGCACUAGCUGUCCAUUCCAGCCAGCAUCUCAUCAACAUCCAAGAAGGCCAUGGGAGACCAGGCGGACUGUUGGGCGAUCGGCCAAAAUCACAGAUGUUCACAUCAGCCAUUGCACAGAGUCGUGCAUUCACUGCACAGGCUGGAUUCACAGCUGCUCAGCCAGACCAUGCUCAGUACCAGUCUGGUCAGCCAGGACAUAGCAGUUACCCAGUGAGCCAGCCCCAACAUGGAGCACCUUAUGGUCCAGGCCAGGCUGUCACCUAUGCCAGCAGCCAGCAGCUUCGAGGUCCAUCUGCUUUCCAGGCAAUGUCUGCAUACCUCCCACAUCAGCAAACGGCCUACGCUGUCCACGGGCAUUUUACACCUCAGCAAGGCUUCAUUCCCCCGAGUACGGCGAUUCCAUUGCAGAAACAGCUGGAACAUGCAAACCAACAGUCUGGAUUCACUGAUUCAGCUGGGCUAACCUAUGUCCAUCCACAGAGACCAGCAUCACCUGGGGCCUUCCCACAUGGGACCCCACCUCAGCAGACCCUGCCGGCUGGAUUCCAAGCAACAGGUCAGCCUGCUCCCCGACACGCCUACCUUCAGCACAGUCAGGGACAGCGUUAUUACCACCAGUAAGAUCGGCUUGAGAAGGUUCACUUAGUUCGACCCCACCCUCACAUGGCUUACCCACAAAGUUUCUCAGCUUGUGUGAAAGAGGACCACGUUCAGGACAGAUGCCACUGUGAACAGUGAAACAUUUGCCAUUGCUUCUGCGGACAAAUGGUGACAGAUUUGUAUCAAGUAAAUUAUCUCAAUUUAGAUCCUGUGUUUAAACAAAGACAAAGUGAGGGGGGGGGUAGAUUUUAGCUUGUAGUGAUCAAUGAAGCCCUAGCCGAGCAAGGCCGUGGGCUGUCUGUGUCGCCUUGUCUGGUUGAAUGCUGAUGCCCUUUCCACCGUAAAACCCGUGCCAAUGUUGCUGGAGUGGUUGUCUUGAUGUACCAGGUCGAAGCCAAAUGUAACUGAUAAUUUGGGUUCUUUCUUUGCCUCCCUGUUGGAAUCCUCUGCAGUCCUCUUCUCCCUGAGGAUGUGGGUGUUUAUUGUCCAUCUCUUAUUAACCUUGGACUGAAGGGUUUGCUGAGCCAUUUCAAAGGGCUGUUAAGAUUCAAGUACGUUACUGUGGCUCUGGAGUUGCAUCAAGGCCAGACUGGGUAAGGUCAGCAGAUUCCCUUCCCUAAAGGAUAGUUAUAAACCCUCUGCUCCUCCCGUGCUGCAUCCCUUUAAUCUGCAUCUCCCUGCAGCUCAUUACUUUAAAAUUCUCUUUCUGCUUUUGUCUUUCUCUGUUUUGAGAUGAAAGGGACCUGUCAGCAGGAUUAGUGCAUCUGAUCUGGUCUUUACUAGUGCUCUCGGGAGAUUGCUGGGUUUUCAUCAGCCUCCCACCCCCCACCUUGCUGGUAACCCCGUUCCCCAGCUGACUGACAGACUGUGAUAUCAGAUUGGUCUUGUGUCAGCUUAGUGUUGUGUGAGGGGCUGCAUAACCAGUGGAGUGAGUUCUAAAGUGCAGUCAAGUUGGACAGCAAAAUCCCACCAUAAGACAAGUGACUGGGUAAUGACAUGGCUUACUAAACAUCAGUAGAGGAGUAAAUAUUGAUCAGGACAUCAGCAAGGAGUCUGCUCCUACUCUUCAUUCAGUCCUAAGCUUUUUCAUCAAACUGAGAUGGUAGAUGGGUGAGAGGGACAUAUCUUAGUCGAGAUUUUCAAUAGAAAUACAAUAUCUCUGACCGUGAAGCACACUCGCUCAUCUGUCGGCUCUUGCGUUCAUGGGCGUUUCCCUCUCGGUCCCGACGACCACAUGGAGGAAAUGGAUGUAUUUAAGCAAGUUGGAGAAAUGUGUGAAGGAAACUUUAACACUGCAGGAUUCUGCUCGCUUUGAAGCAUCUCUCUCUCAUUCAGUGAUUUUAGUCGUCUUAAUUACAAGACUGUACCUGUAACUAUGUAAUUGUACCAGAUUUAAAACAAGAAUAACUUUACCAGUAGUCACGAAUCAGCUCCUUCCUUGGAAAGACCAACAGUAGCAAGUUAAAAAUGCAGUGGAAGAAGAAAGCCCCACCCUCGAACUCCCUGUUCACACUCUGAACGACAUCGCAGCACGUGGCAGACCACGGAGGGCUCUGGGCUUCCCAAAAUGUACUGAAGCAGGUGGGAUUUAAACCAGGGCCUCUUGAAGCAGAGGUAUGGACACUACCACUGUGCUACAAGGACUUGUAUACUCCUGCAUUAAGGCUGCAAUGAAGCUUCUUGUAACAUAAAGACUAAUGUUUACUUAA